AUGGGGGACGAUCUCGCGGAUAAGUUGCAGCAGUUCAAGUUGUCGGGUAGGGAGGCCGAUGGAGUGGAAUUAUCUGACAAAGAUAUAGCCCUAGGCCUUCGAGAGUGUCAGCUUAGUUUGAUUGGCAAAUGUUUUGGGGAGAAAAAAGUCAACUUCAAUGGAUUGCUAACCACGUUGGGAAACAUCUGGUUCACCCGGAAGCCUUUCCAUAUAAAAAAUAUGGGGAUUAACAAAUUUCAAUUCUUGUUUCAAUCGGAGGAAGACCGGGAUAAGAUUCUCAAGGGAAAGGCUUGGUCAUUUGAAGGGCAGUACAUUGUUCUAAAUAAAUGGGAUCCUAGGAGCUUGGAAAUCAUAGAGGAGGAAGAAGUGGUCAGAUUGUGGGUCCAAAUCCAAAAUCUUCCACUUCAUUGGACCACGGCAGAUUCCGGACUGAAAAUUGGAAGAAAAAUUGGAAAAGUCAUCGAUGUUCAAGCGCCUGGGAUUGGCAAUACAGUCGAGCAGAAUAUCAGAGUAUUGGUGGAGCUGAAACUGAGAGAACCAAUACUUUGA